CUGUACGUCACACGUUGGGGGCAGAGUUCACGUGAGGGGGUGAGAGGUAAAGCGUGCUUCGGUAAUAGGUGUCUGAGCCGGUUUUCUAAAAUAACACAUAAAACGGAGACUGGGGCGGUUGUCGGAACAAGAUUUCCUCAUCAACAUCAGCAGAAAUGUCAUAUUGCAAGCAGGAGGGCAAAGACAAAAUCAUCUUUGUGACUAAGGAGGACCACGAAGCUCCCAGUAAUGCGGAGCUAGUCGCAGAUGACCCCAAUGACCCUUAUGAAGAACAUGGACUGAUAAUGCCAAAUGGGGACAUCAACUGGAAUUGCCCUUGCCUGGGCGGCAUGGCCAGUGGCCCCUGUGGCCAGCAGUUCAAGGAGGCCUUCUCCUGUUUCCACUACAGCAAAGAGGAGGUGAAGGGCUCCGAGUGUCUGGAGAACUUUCGCAACAUGCAGGAGUGCAUGCAGAAGUUCCCGGAGCUCUAUCCUCAGGAGGACGAUGAACCGCCCAAAAAGGCUGCUGCGGAGGGUACAACAAGUGAAGAAGAAGCUGCUGCCUCAACCACCACCACCACCACUACUGAUACAGACUCUGGCUCUGCCUCUGCCCCUCCAGCCCCAGCAGAAGCUGAGUCUGCUCCUCCAGCCCCAGCAGAAGUUUCUGCCUUGUCAGAUGAGACGCUAGCUGCAGCCAGCCCGUCCGCAAGCUAAUGCACUUUGCCCUAAAACUGUGCGAGCCAGUCCAGUCCAGUCCAGUCCAGUGUGUGUGUGUGUAUUGGGCACGGAUAUCACAACACAGUGGUUGUGGAGUACUGUCCUGCCAGCAUCACUCCCAACUUACUGGCUUUGGCGUGCUGGGUGCACAAAGACUCUUUAGACGUGGUUUGAAAUUUCUGUUUCUUCCCAUCACCAAGAAUAAUCACUUGGAGUUCAGAAAUGUUCUACAGAAAUCCUACACUCUCUUGAACAGGUUGUGUUGAGGAGGAUGUACACUUAAAAGCUUCUAGAAAGGCCUCCAUACCUCCUAAAUAUAGUGGGCAAUACUGGGGGGCAUGGGAGGGUAUAUUGUAAUUCUUAUGCAAAAGGCGGACAGUGCUCAUGUUGGUGCAAAUGCGGAAUGACUGGUGCUCUGCUGCUUUACAUUUGAGUGUGUGUCAAGAUAUUACUGUUACUGUUGAUAGUGUAAGUCAUCAUGAAUCUGUUUGUGUUUUUCUGUUCAUUUCCAUAUCUGAUAUUCCAAACAAAGUUCUAUAUUGACAUGAUAUUAGGGCAGGCACUUACCGCAGUCAUGUCAUGUCAUCAUAAGUACUUGAAGACUGUAUCGUAAAAGUCCAAGGAUUUGAAGUGUCUGCGAAUCCUUCAGCUACAACUGCUGGGGAUGGUGAUACACAGAGUGAAAAUCAAGCGUCAGGAAACGCAUCACUGAUGUUACUAAGACUAGAGUAGAAGUCUUGAACAGUAAUGAUUACCGGUAGUAUGCAGUGCUCAGCAUUCUCUCUUUGCUCUUUCAAUACAAAGCCUUAAUUAACCUCUAAAUAUUGUGACAUGAAAAGCCUAUAAUAAUAAUUGAGUUCUUCUGCAGUAGUCGGCUAAUGCUCUCCUCCCAAAUGCGAUGGGCUUGUCAUUUAUUUCCCACAUGUGCUGGUAAUUACUAGUACAUGCAUCAUAAAUUGCACAUUUCCUGGAAGUGAAUACAUUUGUCAAAAGGAUAUUCAAUUGUCAAUUGAGAAUUUUUGUCUGUUCAGUUGUUUGUGAAAUUUUUCCGUGUCGUAUUGCAUCAGCGAAUGAAAUGUCCUGAACACUGAA